UUAGUGAGAGACCGUGGGAGGUGGAUCCACAAAGGGAGAAGGUGGGUGAUCGAACCCUUCCCUUCGCGGCUUCAGCCAUUCUCAGCCAUUGCUGAAGUUCGUGGGAGAAACGGGAUCUGGACCCGUGACGUCUGCUGUCCCGACGCAGACAGAAGAGUCCCCUUGGGAGCUUGGAAGCGAUGGGGGAGGUUGAUAUGAUCACGGAGGAGGAGUGGGAGAGAUCCCGACGCAGAUCGAAGGGUCCUUUGGACGGUGAUUACCCAGAACGACAGUCCUCUAGUUCUUCUGAGGAUGGCUAUUUUUGUACUUCGCGGAGAUUGCCAAGCUUGUCGGAUGGGAUGAUAGUCCUGGAUGAUGACGACGACGAUGAAGAUGCAGGAGGUUACGCCGACGUCGUGGAUCAAGAGCUGAGCGACCCACGUGUUGAGUCUCGUCGUUGCAAGAGGAGAGCUGCUGAGCAGUUCGUGCUUGAUAUGCUCGGUGAUGGCGCUGACGUCAACCUUGGGGUAGUGCGGGAUGUGCUGGAUCACUUCGAGGGCGAUACGCAGAAGAGCGUCGAGACACUGAUUAACAUAUUGUCGGGGGGUGAUGGUGUUGAACUGGAGAGGGGUGACAUGGGGGGGGGGGGGCAAGUGGUGGUCCCCCCCUUGGACGAGCCGAUGAGCUCGCAAGCGUCGUUGUGGGGGUUGUUGAUCGGAGGGGAGGAGGAUCUUGGGCAGCAAUCUGGGGUUGGGGGGGGGAAUGAGGCUGUAGCUGAACGAGGAGGCGUAGGGGGGGCCUCGACGUCGGGGAGGGAAGAUGAAGAGGAAGAGGAAGAGGGAGAGGGAGAGGAAGAGAAAGAGGACGGAUUGUGGAGUGAAGAUGCGCUCAUCACUCUGAUGACAGCGUUUCCACAGUUCGAUUACGGGUCCAUCGAAGAUGUCUUGAACAGGCACCGUGGAGACCUUGAGGCUGCUGGGGUAGAGUUGUUGGAAGCGGGGGACGUUCCGCACCUUCCUCCGCAUAGUAAGCAGUUUGACGGUGGUGGUAGAGGGGUGGGUGGGAGAUCUGAAGUGGGAGAGCGGGAGGGGAAGGAGGGAAAUUCAGUGGCAGUGGCUCUUCGUAGAGGUGGAUCAGGGCACUCACAGGAGGUGAGACAAGCAGCUUCAGCUUCCGAUACCCAUCGCUUGAGAUUGCAGCAAUCUGUGCUGUGCAUUGAGGGUGGCCGUAGUGGGAGUGAGGCUGCAGGAGGAGGGGGUCAUCGAGCCCCUGCUGCUGAUGCAGGGGGGGUUUCUACUCAUUUGUCGACAACUGCUUCCGCUCCCCCCCUUUUACGUGAAUCGCAGGAUCGUCUUGGCCUUCUUUGCCAAGUGGGCUAUUCACCUAGCCUUGGAGAGCAGCAAUCGAGUGUGACGAGUAAUGAGCUGUACCGUCAACAGCGCGCCAAGUCCCGAGAGUACUUCAGUGCGAUGAAGGCACGUGGUCAAGAGGCGGCAGCGGCGUUUGCACGAGGGGAUUAUAAAACCGCCCAGGGAUUCGCAGAGGAGGCGGCGAUGUUCAAGAAGCUGGCCCUGCAAGAGAGCAAUACGGCAAGCGCUAAGAUUUUCAUGGUUAAGAACAAGGCGAUCAGAAACACGAUAAGCAUCGACCUUCAUCAGCAGCAUGUCGAUGAGGCCUUGCGCUACUUGGAGCUGCAUCUUCAGCUUUUGUCUGCGAUUCCAUCCGUCGAGUAUUUGUUAUUGAUCACAGGGAAAGGAAAGCACAGCCAGCGGAAAGUGGCAAAGAUUAAACCUGCCGUCAUUGAAUAUCUUCGAAAGCAGGGUAUCCCCUGGUCGGAGCAAAAUGGGGGCGGCUGCCUACGGAUCAAGAUCGACGGUGUGUGUCCCAUCAUUAGUAAGCGUGCGAUGCCAGUAAAGUGAGGACUGGCUGGGGGGGGAUAACUGAUAAUAAUUGAGUUAUAUUUGUGCAACGAUGAUGAGGGCAUAGUCACGGUAGGACUUUUUCGACUCAGCUCUGGCCGUGUUUACGGUCAGAUACAUACCGAUAUCGUGGGAGGGAGAUAACUGCGGUCGGUAAGAAGGUACAUCCAGGAAGGUGCUGGUGUGAAUACGCUCUGAGUACUCGCUUCUUUUUUUCAAAGAAAGGGAUCGGGACAGAUGGAGAUUGACCGGAUGGUCAGUGAAGUGCAGAUCGGGACAGACCGGGAGAGUGACCAUGAGACAACAGUGAAGUGCAGUCCUUCGCCUUUACCAGUUUGUAGCGGGAAGCUUGGGAUUGAAACUGCAAAGAGAGAGGCGCCGAGUACCAAACCAAGUAGGGGAUCCCAAAAGAUUGGUGUACAUAAGUUGAGCAAGAACCAAUGCGGAGAUGAAGCGCGGGAAGAGGUGAGGUGUUGGUAGAGGAUAAGCAGGGGCAGCUGGACGCAG